GGGCUGUGGGGUGGCACGCAUGGGUUUAUCAUUAACCACUGCAAACAGCUGCAGGGGAAUAGCACCAGGGCUACUGUCUGUCUGUCCAUCCCUCCUGGGGUGUCUGGGGGUGCAGAGCCCCCCAGGGACGCCAGCACUAACAGUUCCUCCAGGGUCGGUUAAUCGGGGAGGUUGGGUGGGGGGGGUGGACUCUAUAAAUCAAGGUGAGGAGGAUGGAGGCGAGCGGAGUGCUGAGCAUCGCCCUGGUGCUGGGUGUCGGGGGGCUGCUGCUUCUUUGGGGCUGGCGGCGGGGGGGCAACCUCCCCCCUGGACCGACCCCUCUACCUUUCCUGGGGAACGUGCUGCAAGUGGAGGUGACCCAGCUCAUCGCUUCCCUCCGCAAAGUGAGUCCUGCGGAGGGGGGAACUCAAAUUUGGGGGGGGGGGGGUGGACCCGCGGCAACGGUGAGACCUCCCCCCACGAUGCCGCCACGGGGUUUUUCGGGGAGCCGUCGGCGGUGUUUGACCCCCUUUUGUCGGUGGGGGGUGUCCCUAAUUCCAGGUAUUAUCUACGGGAACGGGGAACGCUGGCGGCAGUUGCGGCGCUUCGCCAUUGUCACCUUGAAGAGCUUCGGAAUGGGCAAGCGCGGUGCCGAGGAGCGAGUCCGUGAGGAAGCCCAGCAUCUGAUCCAACAGCUCUAUCAGACCCACGGGCAGCCCUUCGACCCCACUUUCCUGCUGAGCUGUGCCGGCUCCAACAUCAUCUGCUGGCUGGUUUUUGGGGAACGCUUCGAGUACGGGGACGAGCGGUUCCUCACCCUCAUGGGGCUCAUCAAUGCCAACUGGAAGCUGAUGAGCUCAACUUGGGGGCAGCUGCUCUUCAUCUUCCCCAAAAUCAUGCGGUUUGUGCCGGGGCCACACCAGCAGAUCUACGCCAACUACCUGCAGCUGGGCGAAUUCGUGGGGGAGCGGGUGCGGGGGCACCAGCAGACGUUGGACCCCCAAAAUCCCCGGGAUUUCAUUGACUGCUUCCUCCUGAAGAUGCAGCAGGAGAAGGGGAACCCCGACACCCACUUCACCGAGGACACACUCUCCAAGACCACUGUCAACCUUUUCUUUGCGGGGACCGAGACCGUCAGCUCCACCCUUAGAUAUGGGCUCCGGAUCCUGCUCCGGUACCCUGAGGUGGAAGCCCGGCUCCACGAGGAGAUCGACCGGGUGAUCGGCCGCCACCGCAGCCCCUGCAUGGAGGACCGGAGCCGCAUGCCCUACGUCGACGCCGUCAUCCACGAGAUCCAGCGUUUUGCUGACAUCGUGCCCAUGGGGGUGCCCCACACCACCACGUGGGACGUCCAGCUCCAGGGCUACACCAUCCCCAAGGGGUCCCAGGGGACCCCCACUGAGGCCCCCCCCAUGUCCCGUCCCCCCCCAGCCCUGUCCUUCCUGGAAAACCCCUCCAACGUCACCUCCUCACUGGGGAAGACGGUACGGCUACGGUGCAGGGUGCGGGGGGCUGGCGAGCCCCCCGAAAUGGGCUGGCAGCGAGAUGGGCACCCACUGGAGCUGGCCGACAGCGACCAGGCCCAGGUGCCGCUCAGCGAGGACGUCUGGCUGGCCACCAGCCAGCUCAGCAUCCCGGCCGUGCAACUUUCGGACGCUGGGCGCUACCAGUGCUGGGCACGUGCCGGCGGGGAGCAGCUCCUGUCCACCGAGGCUCACCUGGAGUUGGCGGGGCUGCCCUUCUUCUUGGAGGAGCCGCAGGACCUGGACGUGGGGGUCGACACCCCCUUUAACCUCAGCUGCAGUGCCCGGGGCCCCCCCGAACCCGUGCGGCUGCUCUGGCUGCGGGACGGGGCCCCCCUCAACUCUCUGCUGGACCCCCUGGCCAGGGCCCCCUCCACGCUGCUGGUCCCCGUGCUCCCGGCACCUGGGCUGGCCCGGGGCUGGUGGCUGGUGGUGCUGGCCCUCGCCGUGCUGGCCAGCCUGGCCCUGGCCCUGGGCAUCUUGGCGGCACGGCGCCGGCGGAAGGAGACGCGGUUCGGGGAGGCCUUCGCACCCCGCGGGGAGCCGGCAGUGCAAUACCGCGUGCGCAGCUCCUACAGCCGCCGCACCACCGAGGCCACGCACGGCUCCCGGGGGCUGGCCCCAGCGGCCCAGGGGGAGGAGAUAAACGUCCUUCCAGCCAAUGAAAAGCCGCGUUACAGCGCAACUCCCACUGCGGCCCAAUGA